CCGCCUCCAUCCGGUGGGAGCUGGGCGAUUGUGUUUGUGCAGCCCCGAGUUUGGCCUCCGGGAAACAGCCGGAACCUAGAAUAAAUCAUCAUCCUGCCCCGUCCCUCCCCGGCCCGGUACCGCCCCAAUGCCUCCGCCCUCCCAAUGCCGGACCUGGCUGCUGUAGAGACCUCCCCGACGCGUCUGGAGAAUGAGUUGAUGUAAUCACUGGAAAAUAUUGGAUGGAAACCAAUGUGUGUUGGAUCGAUGAUUUGGCAAUGGUCAAAUGCCAGUUUUCCAGUGUUCUUGUGAACAGACUUGGAUACAGAGCUGCCCUUGUAAAAAUGUAUCUAGUUAAGAAUGAACACAGGAGAAGUGCUGUGGUAGAAAUGGGCUCCAUGCCAUGUUGGUUUCCUGUUUAAAAAACAGUAGGCUGGCAAUUUUGAAGGAACAGCAACAAAGUGAUGACCAGGUGCCAGGUGCCAGCUUUCCUUAUUCAUCAGAUUCAAGAAGAAUUGGAUAAAGAUGAAGAAGAGAUGAUGGUUUUCCUGUGCCGAGACCUUGCUCCUGACUUGGCCACUGCUGAUCUUAAAGAGCUCUUGCUGGCUUUGAAUGAGAGGGAGAAACUGACCCCUUAUGGUUUGUCUGAGCUGUUGUACAGAGUUAAGAGGUUUGACUUGCUGAGGAGGAUCCUGAACACUGAGAAARCAACAGUGGAAGCUCACCUUUCCAGGAGUCUCAGACUUAUCCCUGAUUACAGGGUMCUAAUGGUUGAGAUAAAUGAAAAUCUGGAAAAAGACGAAGUGGGUUCUCUUGGUUUUCUACUCAGAGAUUAUGCACCUCGUAUGAAAAUGGCAAAAGAUAAGAGUUUUCUGGCUCUUAUAAUUGACCUGGAGAAGCUAAAUUUGGUGGCUCCUAAUCAACUGGAUUUGAUAGAAAAYUGUUUUCGAAGUAUUCACAGGAUAGACUUGAUUAGGAAGAUUCAGAAGUACAAGAAUGAAGCUUCASUGUCCUCCGUUCAUUCUCAGCCAGUAUAUGUAAAUGCUCAUCAGGCAUCUCUCACUAAUCUCAAUCUGAUUGAUCCUCCUUAUAAUUCAGGGAUUCAGAAMGAGAACACAGAAAAAUUACAAAAUGGAUCAAGUCUUACUCUGGCAGAACCAGUUCGCAUGUCCAUUCAGGAAUCAGGAUCAGUGCCACAUAAGAUGUUUGAUGAUCCUUACAGAAUGCAAAGUCAACCUUUAGGAAUAUGCCUGAUAAUAGACUGCAUUGGCAAUGACACUGAUGUGUUGGAAGAGACCUUCAGAGGCUUAGGCUAUGAUGUUCAUUGUCACAGAUAUUUAAAUAUGAACUCCAUGAAUCAAGCAUUGCUUGAAGUUGCAAGGUGGCAGAAGCACAGAAAUUGUGACAGCUUCAUUUGCGUAUUGGUCAGUCGUGGAAAUUCUCAGAGCAUCUUCUGYACAGACCAUACCUUUUCUGGAUUCCCUUUGGAACAAAUAAAGAAAUACUUCACAGCAGACUCAUGUCCUGGGCUCCUAGGAAAACCAAAGCUUUUUUUUAUUCAGAGCUAUAUUGUGUCAGAAAAUGAGGAAGAAUGUACUAGUCUGUUGGAAGUCGAUGGGGAUGAUGAGAAUUUCACUGCUAAAGUCACUAUCCCCCAAGCAGCAGAUAUCCUUUGGAGUCAUUGCAAAGUGGAUGUCUCUACACUAGAACGAUCCCCAACUUCAUCCUCGCAUUAUCUGCGUUGUCUGGCUGAGCUACUCUGUAAUCCUUAUAAAAGGAAACUCUCUGUAUUAGAUAUCCACAUGGAACUGAAUAAAAAAGUUUAUGAUUGGAAUAUGACUGCCGACCCAAGCCAACAAUACUCACUUCUGCUCCAGCACACACUGAGGAAGAACCUUUUUUUUCCCACUUAACUGCUGUUGGAAAGUACAUGCAAGAAGCAUUUGCUAUGAUGCAAACAGUUUCACGCCUACCUUUUUAUUAUGCAUUAUUAUGUCAUGUGUAUCUAAAGUGCCUGUUGCUUCUGAAYACAGGAAUUUACACGCAUUUUAGUCUGUUAAGACACUAGAUUUUCUAUUUUAAUACAGUAGUCUCUGAAAGCUUGGAUGAGAAUGGUAGCUAUUGUAUAGCACUGUAACAGAUCUUGCUACUGAAUUUAACAGGUAAACAGAGUGCAAAGAGGGCUAAACUGUAUAGCUGUUGGAAUUCCAAGAAAAAACAAAUUUUUUUUUGUUAUUUAAUUUGUGGUUUUAUACAUACCAAUUAGCAAUAAUGCAUAAACAAACACAACAAAAGCCAUCCCAAACCACUGAAACACGAUGAUUAAUUUCCUCUCCAUGUAAUAGUGGCAAAUGCCUCAGGAAGGCAUUCCUACUCAGUAAUGCCAGAUCUUUGCUAGCAAGUUCUGACUUGCCUGCCUCUAUAGACUGGCAAAACAGAAGAGAGAGAGGGGUGAUCUUUUCAAUAAUCUGUAUUCCAGGUGUUCUUGUUCUUGUGAAAAAGAAUGAAAAUUGUCCUAAAUACAAAAWUUUUUCUCCAUUGUAGCAGUUGCUUAAUGUGAAAAGUUAAGUUUACCUGCUUGUGUUUAACAGUAUAACCUGAAUGGGUUGUAUUGAAAUUUAAUUGAAAUUUCAAUAUUGAAAUUAAAUUGAAAUUUAUUGUCACUGAACUUAGUGACAAAAAAGUAGGCUGCUUACAUAUAUUUAGUUUUUACUCCUAAUAUAGUUUCCUAUCCAGGAAAAAGAAUCAAGGCUUUGGUGUGCCUUGCUUGGUUUCUGGUUAAGUUUUGUAGGGGAAAAACAGAAGGAAACCAAAUGACGGAUUUGGAAUCUUAGAAGUUACUACCUGUGGUGUCUGGUAAAUGAAUCAAAUGGUGAAGCAAAUGUUUACUGUGGUUGUGGAAAUAAGAUGUAAUUACAUAUUAUAUGUAUCUAAGUGAUGUUAAUAAAUGUGAUCUUCRCAAGUUAACUUUACUUUCCCAUCUCCCUUACUAGCUUUUGCAUUUGACAAGCACUUCUGCUACCCUAUAGACAACCAAAAGCAGGGAGAAUGGAACCCAGAGCAGGCAGAUGAGGAAAAGAAAUGUGGAAAUUUUAAGCAGGAACAAGAAGGGGAAUGGUAGGGAGCAUCAAGAGAAGAACAAGUGAGGGAAAGACAAUUUGGAGCAGAAAUACAGUAUCAGUAUUGGAAGGAGAAGAAAACAGAAAAAAAGGAAGUGAGAAUAAUAGUUACAGACUAAUGAUGUGGUGAGUUGGUUGAUGUUUUGUGGAUUGRUUGGCUGGGGGGUUUUGAGUGAUGCUAAAUGCAAUUAUUUAUUUAAAAUGUUAGCAGUAGAAUAUACUCCGUUUUUACAGUUUUGUGACGAUGUAAGUUUGUUUUUACAGGGGGUUAAGAAGUAUAUAUGUUCUUUGCMUUAUUGCAAGACAGAGUAUGUCCAUGUCCCUUUGAUUAAGAAAUGAUGCGGAAAUACUGUUUAGAAAACUAGAGGCUUGUGUAAUUAGUCCUUUCAGUGGAAAAAGAAGGAAGUCUCUUUGUGUAUGGCUGCUUGGGUUAGAAGUGAUUACAACCCUCCAGAGAGUUGCAGGGACAGCUAUGUAUUGUGCAGCACUCAUGGAUAUCAGAUACUGAUUUUUUUAUGCUGAUGUUUUAAUCCUUGGCAGAUUUUUAAACCAUAGCAGUACUCAAUCUGUAAUCAUUCACCUAAGCAGCUUUGACACCUCUUUCAAGAGUCAUAUUUGCUGAUUGCCUGUACCUGCUGCAUAGUGAGAAGUAGCACUGAAGUGUGUUUUUAUGCUGGAAUUUUUUGAUGGCAGUUGUUUGUCACUUCUCCCAUAGCUUAUAGAAUCAUACACUCCUAGAAUAUGCUGAGUUAGAACGGACCCAUUAGGAUCAUCAAAUCCAUCUCCUGGCCCUGCACAGGAUACCUCAAGAAUCCAAMAAUGUGCCUGAGCAUGUUGUCCAAAAGCUUCUUGAGCUCUGUCAGGGUUGGUGCUGUGACCGCUUCUCUGGGGAGCCUGUUGCAGUGCUCAACCACCCUCUGGGUGAAGAAGCUCUUCCUAAAAUCUAACCUAACACUCCCCUGACAUUUUCAUGGUGUUUUCUCGAGUUCUGUCACUGAUCACAGAGAUGAGUGAUUGAUACCUCUGCCUCUCUGCUUCCCCUUGUGAGGAUGUUGAAGAUUGCAAUGAGGUCUCCYCUCAGUCUCUUCCUCUUCAGGCUGAACAAACCAAGUGAUCUCAGCSUCUCCUCAUAGGGCGUCAUGCCGGGUCAAGUUGUCCCUGUAUUGCAGAUAGUAAAAUGAUGUCAGGUUAAAUGAUUCAUWAGCCAAAAGAAAAGGGGGAAGAGAACUGGAAUGGAAAUUUCUUGUAGUUAUAUGUGCUGUAUAUGUGGAAGAGGAGAAAGARACUUGGCAGAAUAUAGAUGAUGCCUUUCAGUGGCUCAGAAGGUGUACUCAUGAGGCAGGAGGUUCAGUGGUGUUUUGAACUAGACUUAAGUAGCAUGGUUUUUCUCAGCCACCUACACUGAUGUGGCUGAGCCAUAAAUUGAGUUCACUUUGUGCUGUUACGUGCUUGUGUGUUACAGUGGUUGCCAACUCAUUAUCCAAACAAGAAGUUAUGUUCAAUAGGAAGUUACAGUGCUACCACUUAUGGAUGAAACCUGUUGUACGGCUGAUCUCCCCUUUCAAGUCUGUGUAAGAAGUAACAGUGACUCCUGUUACAGAUAUGUCAGUCAGAAAAGCUUUUUAAGAGUUUCUGAGAAUUCUUUUCUGCUCUCCAGAGUUUUAAGUUUUUGACAUGCAGGAUGGUAUUGCUGAGAAGAGGCUGCUAUCUGUGUGAAUGAUCUAACUGUGUUCUAUUUAAAGUAAAUCUCCUGUACUGAAUUAUUUGACAGCUUUUCUGUGGCCAGUUAAAUAAUGUGUAUUUUUCAGCUUCUGUAUUAGAAACAAUAAGACACUAUAAUUCAAUACAAAUUCURGGUUUCAAGCUGAUUUUCUAAAUAAAUUUUCCGUGACACUGAAUGGAGUCAGACUAAUUGUGCCUCUUUCCCCCUAGACCAUACAAUAACUCUGAAAUUCUUGGUCCGUUUAUCCUGUAGACCCCUAUAGCUUGUWAAAUUUGGCUGUGAAGUUCUCCAGCUCCUUUAUCAGUUUGAGAGACCCUAUGGGAAAUGCCCAUGACCUCUCACUUUAUUCAUGAACAAAGUUACAGGACUCAUCUGUCUCCUUUUYGAACAAAACCCUCUGCUGCUUSUGGAUUAAUUUGCCUCAUGAAAGAAAUGAUCAAUGUCUUUACAAACAAAUUAUGGAGUCUCCUGGUAGAUACAGCCAGAUACUGAUAGGUAAAAGGAGCAACGGGAGGAACCAUAAAUUCCAUAGAUUGACACAGACUGUUACACACCCAAGACAAUACUAAAUCCCUAGACUUAGACAGAGACACAAAGAAUAAAAAAGGAGGAGGGGAUGCACAUUAGAUGGGGGUCUGUAUUAGGUGAUUCGGUAAGUCUGUGCCUCUCAAGUACCUCAGCCAAAGGGGAAAGAGAGAGGGAAAUGCGGCAGGGAAAUUAGGACAAAAAGGAGGCUGCGUCCUCUAACARUUURAGAGACCCCAUGGAAAUGUCCCAUGGCCUCUCCCUUUAUUCGAAUAAAGUUACGGGACUCCUCU